GGUAAAUCAGAGCGUGCAUUCAAAGCGUACACAUCGCUAUUUAUGCGCCAUCUGUGUGAGCCUGGUGCAGACACUCAGGAGUCGUUCAACGAUGGUGUGCCGCGAGAGGGUCUGAACAGACAGCACGUGCUGACUCGAAUCGGUAUUAUGUCGCUGAUCAGAAAGAAAGUUCAGGAAUUCGAAUCGAGUAAUGGAGAUUGGUCAAUCCCAGAGGUGAAAGAGCGUCUGGCAGCACAGGCGAUCGAGGAACGAGAAGGAACGUCAAGUAAAGGUGGCUCGAAGGCAUCGUCUCGCAGUGGUACACCGGCCUUGAAGGAGACUACUCCUGACUCGAAUUCCAAUUCUAGAAUGGAGACUGAUAAAGAGGAGGAUAAAAUGGAAACAGACGAAGGUGCACCGAAGGGCGUAGUGAGCAAAGAGGAGGACCGAAAGAAUCGUGCUCCCCGACCAUCCUUCAAGUUCAACAUUGCCGACGGUGGGUUCACCGAAUUGCACACGUUGUGGCUGAACGAAGAGAAGGCAGCCGUGCCGGGCAAUGAGUAUGAAAUAUGGCAUAGGAGACACGAUUUCUGGUUGUUAGCCGGAAUUGUAACGUUAGUGAUUUGUACGAUUGAUUUCGAUUUGUUCUAUUGA